AUGGAUGCAGGCUUAUCGACCAUGGCACCAAGAAACGGCCAGCCUUCUGCUAGAGUUAAAUUGAGAAAUAACCUCUUGAAUAAUGAUAUAGGAGACAUUGAUAUUCGGAAUGAAACGCCUAUUUCAAGGAACGGAAAUGACAGUAAUAUCAACGUCCAGCCUUCCUCCAUGCCGCUACAGCAACAGCAGCAGCAAUACUACCGUAAUGGCAUGAAUGAGGCUCCGAUGCAAGCGCCACUGCAGCAACGUCAGAUACCCAUGCAAAUGUAUCCACAGCAGCAACGGCAGCAACAACAAUACAACUUUGAUUAUUCCAAUUCACCUAUGAAUGGGAUACCGUUGAUGCAGCAAAAUUUCACCAAACCACCUCCAAGCAAUAAUCGUGAUAGUAUUAAUGGUAAGAAAGCUUCCUCAUUUACACAAAGCUCAUUUUCCAAUUUUUUCAAACAUAAACACCAAUUUGGGAGGUCAAAGAAAAACACAAGGACAGGAGGUGGUGGAGAUGGAGAUGAUGAUGACGAAGUUAUCUUGGAAGACUCCGCAAACUCGGACCUAACGUUCAAUGACAUUCAGACAUUCGGCCACAAGGGUGGUGAUAAAUAUGGAUAUGGUGGUGAUUCUACUCCUAUCAUUCCCACACUAGUGACCAAAGACCGCGGAAAUAUGAGUAACACUGAGUAUAGGAAGUAUAUUACUAAUCAAAGGAAAACCGCAAUGAAUGCUAUGGCCAAACAAAAUAAAAAUGGUUCCGCAGUUUCGUCGCCCCCUAGAGCAAUGUCUUUGCAAAGUUUCCCGAAUGGUAAUCCCUUAAUGCAAGCACCUACUCCUCAUCCUAGAUUUCAAUCGAAUAAAAUAGUGAGCGCCAAUUAUUCAAGAUCAAAUUCGUUAAUGAGUGGGCCUCCCGGACAAUUUCAGCAGCCACAACAGCAACAAAGAAUGCCACUGAUGAAUAAUUAUAACAACCGGUCAGGGCAAUUCCAGAAUACCCCACAGCCUGUGAUGCGUCCUGGGCAACAGCUGCCUCAACAACCGCGUACCCUGUCGUUAACUAAUUCUCCAAUGUAUGUGCCCCGAGCUCCUCGACCAUUCGUACCUCAUCAGCAGAUAUCGCAGAGGCAACAACAACCCCACCCAGUGUCGGAAAGCUAUCGCGCAAUGUCGCUACAAACUCAGAAUAUUCCCCAAGAGUUUAAUCAAUGGAUGCCAAGUGAUAACGACCAUAAAGCUGUGUCACUCAAACAAUCAAUCAGUCAAUCAUCAAAUUCUUCAAGAAAUAAUUCAGCUCAUUCAAUACCGAACGUACAAAACAAACCACUAAGUGCAUUUUCUUCUUUAUUAUCUUCUACAGAUGCCAAAGCAAUCCCUGAUUCGACAAAGCAAGGAUCGUCGCCACUAAAAAAACAAGUAAACAUUGACCAACCUAUUGAAAACAAGGGAAAAUUAAAUGUAUUGCAAUUAUCGGCCCCUCAACAAAACGAAUUAAAGGAAAAAGAAAGGAAGCUAGCCGAAAUGGAGAAAUCCUUACGUGAGAGAGAAGCAUUAAUAGAAGAAAAGGAAAAGGAAAGGGCUGAGAGAAAUGUUGAAGAAAAUGAAGGCGAGGAAACUUCACAUGAACCAGAUGAUUUAAAUCUAAGACCUACAAGUGCGUUAGAAACAGGUUUAAGAGAUCUUAAAUUGGAGAGUGAAACCGCAGUCGCCAAUAGAGCAUCAUUGUCGACUUUUUCGUCCACAUUUAGUGAUUCUCCUUCCAAGCAAAGAAUUAUCAACACUAGAACUGGCAUGUACAAGCUAGAAAACUCUACCGAUAUCAAUGAAUACGUGACUGCACAAGAGUUUCCCUUACCCGGAAAACAUAAUUUAAAUUCGGAUAAUGGCGAAAUAAAUACCACGGAUGAAGCCGAAUCUGAUAACAAUAAUAGUAAGAGGGCUUCUUUGUUGCAAUCCAUACCGGAAAGAGAUCCCAAAAGGAAUAUCUCAUGUGCUACCAUUAAGCGACGUCAAUCCGAUGACGAUGACGGGAAACUGAGUAAUAUCAACAUAUCCAUAAAUCAGGAAAACAUCAAUAAUGAUACUUUCCUAUAUAAGAAAAACAAUCGCGAUGGACAUUUAUCCGCAGCUUCCAAUAUGUCUAGCUCUUCUCGCAGAUCAUUCAUUUCCAAUACACUACCGUUGAAUAUUGAUUCCGCUUCAGAAUCUGAUAAUUUCAUAUCGCGUACGGAUGGUUCACCCGCCAAGAUGAAGACAGCCCCAGUUAACUGGGGCAAGGAUGGUACGAAUGCUUUCGAAGAAGACUUCAGUUUUGAUAAUACUUUGGCCAAACCAUAUGAACCAGUAUAUGCUAGGAGAGGAGACAUGACUUCUGCUGAAUCAACCGGUGGAGAAAAUAGCUCUCAAUCCAAGAUGAUAACAAUAUCUGGUGAACAAUUGAAUUUAAUAACGGAAAAUAAAGAACUGAUGAAUGAGUUGACACUCGUGUCUACCGAAUUAGCAGAAUCGAUAAAAAGAGAAACUGAGUUAGAAGAAAGAAUACGCCUGUAUGAAACCAAUAAUUCAGCACCAACCUUUGACGAUUCCUCAAGUGUAUCUUUUUCUGACUUUGAAAAGGAGUUAAGGAAAAAAUCCAGCAAAAUUGUGCAAUUGAUCCAGCAAUUAAAUGACGAGAGAUUAAAGAGAUUCAUUGCGGAGGAGCAGCUAUUACUCCAAGAAAACGGCACCAAACCCAGUUCUAUAGAACUGGUUGGAAGAAUUGAAAACUUGAAUAAACUUAUUGACGAGAGAGAUUCAGAAAUUGAAAUGCUUAGAGGACAUUUACAAUAG